ACAGCUCUACGUGACGGCAACUAAAGUGUUUUAGCUACCUGCUAUACCAUAAGCUAUUUUGUGAUUAAUUUGGACGAUUUCGAAAAUUUCAACAGAACAAAAGUCAUUAAUGUAAAACAACCUGUAAGUCUAAAGCCCUUACGGACUACCAAUGCACCAACAAAGUUAUGAAGCACACGACUCAGACAUCAAACGAGAAAACGGAGAAGUUAGCUUAGCUGUUAGCCGAAGUUACUUUGCGAGUUUGCCAACAUGCCGUCACCAACAUCAUAAAAAUCACCCGCAAACUACUGCCUGUUUACACUACCUAGAUAGAUAGUCUGCUAUCAACUUCAAGUUAGACCGAGGGAGCUGUUGUCCCGUGUGUCCAGAGCCGAGGGCUCGUUCCUGGGCCCCGGGGUCCCCAGCCAGGGGCCCCCCUCCAGCGACCUGCUCAGCCAGGAGGUGUUCAGCCAGCUGCUGGAGAUGCUGGACCAGUCAGCGUUCCACUCGGUCCAGCCCAUCGAGCUGAGCUUCUGUGAUGGUGGGGAGGAGGAGGGGGAGGAGGGGGAGGUGCCUCCCAGCAGCACCAUCCAGAUCAGCAUGGACUGCUUCACCAUGCACGGCCCCCAGGGGACUCCCUCCUCACAGUACACUAACCUGGGGCUCCUGAACAGCAUGGACCAGAGCAUCCAGAAUGGAGGCUCCACCUCCACCAGCCCGUACGCCAACGACCACGCCAGCAACAGCGUGACCGCGCCCUCCCCCUACGCCCAGCCCAGCUCCACCUUCGACGCCCUCUCCCCCUCCCCUGCCAUCCCCUCCAACACAGACUACGCAGGCCCCCACACCUUCGACGUCUCCUUCCAGCUCAGCACCGCCAAGUCAGCCACCUGGACGUACUCCACAGAGCUGAAGAAGCUGUACUGCCAGAUAGCCAAGACGUGUCCCAUCCAGAUCAAGGUUCUGACCAACCCACCAGGGGGCGCUGUCAUCAGGGCCAUGCCCGUCUACAAGAAGGCGGAGCAUGUGACUGAGGUGGUGAAGCGCUGCCCCAACCACGAGCUGAGCCGGGAGUUUAACGACGGCCAGAUAGCCCCGCCCAGCCACCUGAUUCGCGUGGAGGGGAACAGCCACGCCCAGUACCUGGAGGACUCCAUCACGGGCCGGCAGAGUGUGCUGGUGCCCUACGAGCCCCCACAGGUGGGUACAGAGUUCACCACCAUCCUCUACAACUUCAUGUGUAACUCCAGCUGUGUGGGAGGGAUGAACAGACGGCCCAUCCUCAUCAUCGUCACCCUGGAGACCAGAGAUGGCCAGGUUCUGGGCCGACGGUGCUUCGAGGCGAGGAUCUGUGCGUGUCCGGGCCGCGACCGCAAGGCUGACGAGGACAGCAUCCGCAAGCAGCACGUCACGGACGGGAGCAAGAACAGUGAGGCCUUCCGCCAGGCCUCUCAUGGUAUCCAGAUGUCCUCCAUCAAGAAGAGAAGAUCCACAGAUGAGGAAGUGUUUUGUCUGCCUAUUAAAGGCCGUGAGAUCUAUGAGAUUUUGGUGAAAAUCAAAGAGUCUCUGGAGCUGAUGCAGUUCCUCCCACAGCACACCAUCGAGUCCUACAGACAGCAGCAGCAGAACCUCCUGCACAAACAGACUGCAAUGGCCUCCCAGGCCCCCUUCGGGCCCAGCUCCCCCCCACACAACAAGGUCAACAAGCUGCCCUCUGUCAGCCAGCUCAUCAACCCCCAACAGCGCAACACGCUCACCCCCUCUGGCAUGGUGGGCGGCCUCACUGACAUGACCCCCAUGAUGGGCGCCCACAUCCCCAUGAACGCAGACAUGAGUGGGCUGAGCCCCACACACAGCCUGCAGUCCCAGCUCCCCAUGGUCCCCUCCUCUCACUGCACCCCGCCCCCUCCGUACCCCAUGGACAGCAGCAUCUCCAGCUUCCUGUUGCGCCUCGGCUGCGCCGCAUGUCUGGAUUACUUCACAGCUCAGGGCCUGACCAACAUCUACCAGAUAGAGAACUAUAACAUGGAGGACCUGUCUCGGCUGAAGAUCCCCGCAGACUUCCAGCACAUUAUCUGGAAGGGCAUCAUGGACCACCGUCAGAAUAUGGACUUCUCCCCUCCUCCCCACAUCCUGCGCACCACCACCGGAGCCUCCAGCGUGAGCGUGGGCUCCUCCGAGGCUCGCAGCGAGCGCGUCAUCGACGCCGUCCGCUUCACGCUCCGCCAGACCAUCUCUUUCCCGCCGCGCGACGACUGGUCCGACUUCUCCUUCGACCUGGACUCCCGCCGGAACAAGCAGCAGCAGCGCAUCAAGGAGGAGGAGGGGGUGUGAGGGGCGUCCGUUUCUGAUGUCUUCCUAGCCCCACCCACCUAGCCCCGCCCACCCACUGUUGUCUUUCCGCCGCCAGGGACAGAGCACUUAAGAAAUGCAAAUGCUAUUUUGAGAUUUUGCUUUUAAGUCUUUUUUUUUUUUUGGGGUGGUAUUUCAUUCCAAUGUUUAAGCAUGACUAAUGGAAACGAGGGGGGGUAGGGGAGGGGUGCGAUCUUUUUAAGGAUCAUCGAAAAGGUUUAUUUUACUAUCUAAAGGGCUGUAUUAGUCGUCGUUAUGGUCCUUUUGUAUUUUCAGUUUUCAAGAUAAUUGUUUUAGAUUUCCUGGCACAAGCCAGUUAUUGAUUGUAUAAUUUCAAGAGUUGUUGUUUUUCUGUCAAGAGAGAAGUGUUACUAUGCCGUUGAAUAGGCGAAUAUACUGUAUCUUCCUGUAAGGUUCAUGUGUGCUUUACACUCCUGUAUUACUGUAGAUUACUAAACUGUUGAUUGAUGACUCAGCGUAGUUGUCUUGGUAAGUAUUCACGUGUCUGUGGAGGUUGUCCUGAACAAGCCAACCUUCCUGUCUGCUUCCUGCUUCCUGUACUACAGGGCAACACAUGGUGCAUAUGGUCUUUGCAUUUUAUCAAGGGGCUUUUCUUUGUAUUUUGAGUAUUUCCCCUGAAACAAAUACUUUAUUUUUCACAGUAUAGCAAAGCAUUACAAAGGAAUAUUGGAGCUGUAGGAAAGUAGAGUAGGCUGUGUGUAUUCAUUGAAAUGAACAGCCCUGAUUCUGUUUAGUUUCACUGCCAGACCACAAUCUGUUAAAGGAUUUGAAGCAGGAAUCAAAACGUUUACGAAGUUGACUCAGAUAUAGAAAGUGUUGUGUAUGUGCUCGGGCUACGUGAGUUAGGCCAGGUUUUGUUUAAGUAUGGAUAAAGCACAGUCAAUCAUCUCCUGCUCUGUAUUUUUGUACAAUGUUUUGUAAAUAUGUUGCAAUGUACCUAUUUUGAUAUAAACCCCAAAAUAAAAAAUGUUCCGAUA